AUGAAUACGGAAGAAGGACUGACUUUAGCGCUAGAGCUUGCAAACUCCUUAGAAAAUUCAGAUCUUCAAUUCAAUGAUAAUAAAGAAAAGGGUGUAUCACAAGAAUUUUUAGAUUCUUUGGAGAGAGUAUCAAUUAAAGAUUUGCCAAAUAAAGAGACAGCAGAUUGUCCUAUAUGUACCAAUAAGUUUAUUGAUGAUGAAUAUCCACUUUUAGUCAAAUUACCGUGCAGUGUUCAACAAAUAAAUGGUAAAAAGGCAAAGGGUCACAUCUUUGAUUUAGAAUGCAUUGGUCCUUGGUUGAAAGUAAAUUCUACUUGCCCGUUGUGUAGAUUCGACGUAUUAGAAGUCAAUAAGAAAAGGAAAGAAAAACUAGAAGAAGAAUUAAGGAAAGCUAAAGAAGAAGAUGAUGAGGAAGAAGAUGAAGACUGGGAUGAUUACGGUUGA